AGAGAGAGAGAGAGAGAGAGAGAGAGAGAGAGAGAGUUGGGCAGUAGGGGAAGGGAGAAAAAGAAAAAAAUGCGGAGCACAGCGUUGGCGACGACGGAGAUAUCUCCAGCAGCUUUGAUCAUCAACUACAACCGCUUCUCCUCCUCCUCCUCAGGAUUCUCCCACUUGUCUAUCAAUCGUCCAAGAAACCACUCGUCCUCGUCUCUCUCCCCGACGGGUUCAGUUUCUCACACUCCGUCUUCAAAAUCAGGAGGAGGAGUAUGCAAGGCAAGUCAAGUAGCUGAUCUUUUCCCAGCGGUUUCACCUGAGAUCGUUGUACGGGAAGCGAGGUUAGAGGACUGCUGGGAAGUGGCAGAGACUCACUGCAGCUCCUUCUUCCCCGGAUACUCGUUCCCUCUCGAUAUCGUCCUCAGAGUCGAUAGGCUGAUGGCGAUGAUAAUGGGGUUCUCUGUUCCACCAGGGUGCCAGAGGAUCUGCUUAGUCGCUGUGAUAGGUAGCUCCGCUGAUGAAACCAUCUGCAUCAUCGGUAGCCAAGAUUUCAAGAUUGGUGCUUUUGAUGCAAAGAUUAGUCUUAACAGAGGCUACGUAGCUGGGAUCUUGACUGUGGAUACCGUUGCGGAUUACCUUCCAAGGAAAGGUCCUCUCCGUCAGAGAAGGACGGGGAUUGCUUACGUAUCGAACGUGGCGGUGCGAGAGGGUUUCAGGCGCAAGGGGAUAGCAAAGAGACUCAUAUGGAAAGCAGAGGCUUUAGCCCAGAGCUGGGGAUGCCGAGCUGUUGGGCUUCACUGUGAGCUCAACAACUUGGGAGCCACCAAACUUUACAAAGAUCAAGGUUACAGAAGCGUCAAGAUCCCUGAAGGAGCGAGUUGGCCACAGCCAAAGACGUCUCCAGACACAAGGUUUAACUUCAUGAUGAAGCUCUUGAACAGCAACAACAAUGCUCAAGCUCUCGAACAGUUCCGGUAAAAGGGAGAAUCAAAUUGGGGGUUGUUCAUGAAAGUUUAGCUCUAAUUUAUGUAAAUAUUGUUUAGUGGUGCUUGUGGUCUUAAAAGUUUGUAAGUCUUGCACUCACUGUCCAUAAUACUUUCCAGCAAAUUAAAUACACUUUUAAAGUCGUAA